GCUGCUGUGCUCACCACAAGCUUAACAAUAUACCCUGUCUACUCAAGAUUGAAGAAUUCUGCAUCUCUAAGAAAGCAAUAUACCAGGGAGUGAUAACUGUGCAUCAGAAGGACCACAAAGAGACUGCUAACAAUAAGCCAUCACAGAAAGACAAAUUAGAAAAGGAUACAUCAACAGAGGAACAUAAAAGCCAACGCAGACAUUGCAGAUGCCAGAUUCACAUUCUUUGACAACAUAUCCCUGUGACUUUUCUAACCUAGCACUGCAAGUGAAGAACUCUCCACACUGAAGAAUUAAAGAACUCAAGAAACCUGUGACCUAUUUUCUUUCAGUGCAAUCUAUUGAUCUAGUCCAGUACUAGCCUCUGCAUUUACACAAUGGGGACCUUUAUUGGACACAUUUCUCCUGGGCUAGCGUUUUUAUCUUUUGGUUUACUGUAUACUAUUCGCUACUCUUGGAUGGUGCUGAAUGGAUGUCGUGUUCAAUAUGGUCCUCAACCAAAGACGAAUCAAAAAUACUGGAAGAAGUUGCCCAUAGAGGCAUUAAUGAAGUUGAUUUAUGGCUUUAUGGCUGUUUUAGCAGAAUUUUUCUUUCCACCAGGAGUGCAGAAACUGCGCUUCUUCCGAUCAGAUGAUCCUGAAUAUCACUUUCAACACCCCAGCGAAUGGCAACAUGCUACCAUGUAUGGCUUCUUUUGUUUUAGCGGGGUCUUAGAUAUUGUGAGUCAAUCGUGCCUCCAGAAACGAUGGCCAUUGCUUGAACAUGUUGGGACAACUUCUGCUUUUUUCAUUACAACGCUGCUCUUGAAGUUCCAUAAUCAUGGAAAAGAGGCAGUAGAGGUACAAGUCCACUAUCUGCUGCUGAUCACUACUGCUUUGACUUGUCUGAUAAUGAUUGUGGAAAUCUGGCAGCCAAACCAUCGGGAACUCUGGUUUGCUAAAGCUUUACUAGUGAAUGUGCAAGGGACAUGGUUGCUUCACGCUGCCUUUAUUUUAUAUUGUCCACCAACAGGUCAUGCCUGGGACUCAGGAGACCCUGCUAAUCACAUGUUUCUCACCACUUUUUACUGUUGGCACCUGGCACUAGAUGCAGGGCUAAUGGGUGUACUGUUCUGGAUAACUCUUAUUCUGCACAGGCGCUGGGGUAACAGACUAGGAAGAGAUUGUUACCAGCUAGCUGGGGAUAAAGCAGAAAUGGCAAAGCUCACUGGAGAAGACGUAGAUGAAGAAAUGUAA